UAGCUGAACAAAAAUAUUAAAUAUCUAUCACUAAUACAUACAACUCCACCAUGGAUUGAUGUUCUCCGAUAUCGAAUGUUGCCGAGGUGAUUUUCAGUUUUCACCUGAAAGCACGUUUAUUAUAUAAUAGGCCUCAAUCUUUCCCUCAUUGCCUCAUUUCUCAUAUAAUCUCUUCUAUAUAUUAGAUAGGAAGGACAAAGAAACCUUGCAGGAAAUAAGAAAAUGGAGCAUCUUAAACCAAUUGCUCACAUACUGAUAUUCCCCUUGCCUAUACAAGGUGCAGUCAACUCUAUGCUAAAACUAGCCGAGCUCAUUCUCUUGGCUUCUGAUGCCCAAAUCCACAUCACCUUUCUCACCACUGAGCACGUCCACAGCCGCCUCAUGCUCCACGCGAAUGCGGCCUCUCGCUUCGAAUCGUACCCUGGAUUCUCUCUCCGGACCUUCUCCGAUGGACUGCCAGAAGAUCAUCCUCGCGGAAGCGAUAAGUUCGGGGAGAUGGUUGAUGCUGUGGAAUCUGUAAGCUGCCCACUUCUUCGGGAGAUGCUAGUGACUGAUCGUGCUAAUCCUCCACAAGAAAAACCUAUAACAUGUAUAAUACCAGAUGGAUCUUACAACUUUGCUUUGGAUGUGGGUAAAGAGGUUGGAAUUCCAGUUAUAUACUUUGAUACAAUUAGUCCUUCAUGUCUUUGGGUCUAUCUUUGUCUUCCCAAGUUAAUAGAAGAUGGGGAAGUUCCAUUUCAAGAAAAUUGGGAAAUGGAAGCGAUAGUUGGUGUUCCCGGCAUAGGUAGUCUAUUGAGGCGACGUGAUUUUCCAGAUUUUUGUCGAGCAAACAAUCCAGCUAGUGAUGUUAUGAUCCAACGCAUUUCGGAGCAGGCAAAGCAAUUCAGAAAGGCUUCGGGUUUCAUACUUAACACAUUUGAAGACUUGGAAGCACCAUUGCUUUCUUAUAUGCGGUCUCAUUUUCCAAACAUGUAUGUUGUUGGUCCACUUCAUCUACACUUGAAGGAAAGGAUGUUGCGAAAAGAGACUACGACAUCAACAACACUACUUUCGUAUUGCUCGAAUAGUCUUUGGCAUGAAGAUAAAAGUUGCAUAGAGUGGCUCGAUGGGCAACCCCUACGAAGUGUCAUCUUUUGUAGCUUUGGAAGCCAUGUGUGCUUGACAAAGGAACAAUUGAUGGAAUUUUGGCAAGGCUUGGUUAAUAGUGGGACUCGAUUUCUAUGGAUUAGACGACAACGAUCUGUGACUGGGAUGGACGAUGAUGUGCAUAAGUGGCAAGAACAAAUUCCUAGUGGUUUAUUAAAGGGUAUGAAGGAAAAUGGGUAUGUGACGAGUUGGGCUCCGCAAGAAGACGUUCUAAGCCAUCCCUCCAUUGGAGGAUUCUUAACUCACAGUGGUUGGAAUUCAACACUGGAAAGUAUUGUGGAAGGAAAGCCUAUGUUAUGUUGGCCUUAUUAUGUGGACCAACUCGUAAUUAGCAGAUAUGUAAGCCAUGUUUGGAAGGUUGGAUUAGACAUGAAGGACAUAUGUGAUAGAGAUAUAAUUGAGAAUAUGGUAAGAGAUCUCAUGGAUAGAAGAAGGGGUGAAUACUCACAAAAUGUGAAUGCAUUAGCUUACUUGGCUAGACAAUCGGUGCACGAAGAUGGAUCUUCAUAUUGUUCUUUGAAUAAGUUAGUUGAUGAUAUAAUGUCAUUAAAAUUACCCGCAUGAUUGAAAGCCCUAUUGAAAAGGGUGAAACGUUUCAAGUUGGUUUUUUGAUGUAAUUUAUUUCUGAUCAAAAGUGGAUGUGAUAGGAGUUGGAUGAAAUACAUUUCAAUUAAAUAUUUUUCUCCUACUA